AUGUAUAAUAAAUACAUUGCUAAUGUCAUCUUCAUCAUCAUAUUAAUCGCAUCAUACAUAUGUAAAAUCAAUGGCAAUAAUAAUAAUAAUGUUACCGAAAUUGUUGACACUUCUAAAGUGGUGGUCAAACCUAAUGUUGUCAACACUAACAACACCACUGACCAGACCUAUACGUUUGCAAAAAGUAAUUCAUUCAUUAGGAUAAACACCAGCCAAUCGUGGCAUUUGUUUAAAGCCCGUGAAGUAGUAUUUCAUUUUCGUAGCGAUCGUCCGCACGGUUUGCUUAUGUAUCAUACAGUUGUCAAUCCAGUGCAAGGAUUUCCCGUCUACGAGCUGUACGUUAUGCUUGAAAACGGUAGACUUAAGAUUGUCCACGAGUUUGGUGCCGAACAAAAAUUCUUUUUUAUGGGACAGGGAUUAAAUCAUGACAUCUAUCAUACGGUGCGGAUCACCAUAAAUCCGUUAAACGGAACAUUGAUGGCAAUGUUGGACAAGAAGGCUAGUAAUCAUAAAAACAAUGGCAUGAAAAUUUCGUUGUCAUCGUUGGCCAGUUAUGUGCUGAAAAAGAGUGGCACAACUGCCGACGCUAUCGGUUCGGUACUGUUUUUCGGCGGACUAGACAACCGAAAUCCAAUAGCUCAUCAACAAUAUAGUGUCAAACGAUUUGUUGGAUGUAUAGGAAAAAUACAGUUUCGUGCCAUAGCUUCGGUCAACUCACUGGCCAACAAUAACAACAACAAUGAUCUGAUAGACAACAACAACAACAACAGUGCCAACAAUCACUUGAAACCAUUUGUGAUAACCAACUCUAAUGGUCUACAGAAAGGUUGUGUAAAUUUGUGCAAACAAUUGGAUUUGUGUGCCAACAGUGCUCUCUGUAUUAAUCACUAUCAGUACACCAGUUGUGACUGUUUCGGUACCCGCCGUGAGGACUGGCAUUGCCGUAGUGACAACAUAUCUGUGCUGACACUGAGAGGCUAUUCAUUUGUCUCCUAUAAAGUGUACAAUUAUAAGGACAGAGUCCACUCCGAUGUCAAUCGGAUUAGUCUUCAUCUGAAAACUCAAUCACUCAAUGGUAUACUAGUGUACGCUCGGGGAGAACAACCUAUCCAUAGCUAUAUAUCAAUGCAUCUGAGAAACGGUGUCCUAUUGUUUAGUAUGGAUUUAGGCGGCGGACAAAUCAAUGCUACAAUUGACAACAUUGUCCUAUCGGAUGACAACUGGCAUAAUAUAACAGUUAGACAUCACGCUCACGAUGUCUAUCUAUAUGUCGAUGAAAUUAAAGUCAGAUCUCUGAAGAUACCGGGACACGAACAUCAUCUGCAUGUAGAUCCAGAAAUCUUCAUCGGUGGCGUUCCCAGUGCUCGCUUUCAGCCAACACUAAUACCGUUUGAUAUAAACUACAGAUUUGUCGGUUGUCUUAAGUUUGUCUAUUUUAAUACAAAAAGCAUUUUAUAUGAGUUAAGCCAACAAUCAAACAAAGCGGCCGUUUAUCACAGUGUCUUUCAGCCCGAAUUCGGCUGCCGAUACAUAGAUCCCGUUCCCAUAACUAUGUCCACCAAGUUUUCGCAUUUUAUAAUCGGUAUCAAUAAUAGUUCGGCACUUAAACUGAGUCUUGAGUUCAAAUCGGAGAAAAACAAUGCCAUACUGGCGUCGGGCAGUCUAAGCGAUGGCCACAACAACCAGUCAAGCGAUAAGUAUUGGUUUCUUCAUUUAGAUGACAGCGAAGCAAAGUUUACCAUCAGUUCGUCAAACAGUUCCUUAAUCUCUGUCUGGAGUAUUACGACGUCUGUCAAACAUUUGUUGAACUAUUGGCAACAGAUUUCAUUAGAAAGCGAUGGCAACGGAAAGAUAAUGAUUACAUCAAACUAUAAGUACACUAAAGAGGCUGUUGUCGAGGGUCUAUCCAUUGAGUACUUCCACUCAAACGUUUCAUUUGGUGCCGGAUUUCUUGUCAAUUCGAGUGCCAGCGAUGGCAUCAGAGGCUGUUUGAGAGAUAUUACAAUCAACCGGAUGUCAAUUGAUCCCCGGGUUAUCUAUGAUAACUAUGCUGUUAUCGGUAAAAUUUCGCUGGACAACUGCCAGCUGGUCGACCCGUGCAACAGUCCCAAUGUUUGUGAAAACGGAGGCAAAUGUAUUGCAUCAAUCGAGACAGGACAAACCAAAUGUGAUUGUGGGCGGACUGGAUAUGUGGGCAAAACAUGUCAUUUUUCGAUAUUUAAGCGCACGUGCGAAGAGCUAUAUCUGGCCGGUUAUCACAAAACCGGUAUCUAUAUCAUAGACAUCGACCAAAAUGGUCCGCUACCGCCGGCACAUGUCAUCUGUUCAAUGUCCGAAAACGGGAUGAUUGAGACAAUUGUCGAGCAUAAUAUCCGACAUCAAUUGGUGGUCAGAGAGCGGGGAAAGUUCGGUAAUUUCUACUUAAAUGUUACGUAUCGUGAGUUUACACCCAAAAUGCUUCACUUGCUUAUAAUGCAUUCAAAACAGUGUUCACAAUAUAUCAAAUACGAGUGCAAUUCAGCGCCUUUAGGUCUUUCAAGCUAUACAUGGAUGCAGUCGACGGCCGGAAAUAAGGUGACCAGUAUUGGCAGCGGUAUAUCCGGUCGGUGCAAGUGCUCGACCGCUGAAAAUUGUGUCGACAGGAGCAAACACUGCAACUGCGACAGUGAAACCAUUGGCUGGAAACACGACGAAGGCUUCUUCACGAAUCCCAAAGAUGUUGGCAUCACUCGGAUGUUCUUCUUGCAGACCAAAACUCAUAUUAAGGACUCGGAGGCGCAUCUCAUACUGGGAAACGUUAGCUGCAUUAACUCAAAUACCAGAGAAUAUGAGAUUACCUUUCAGACCAAAGAAUCCUAUCUGGAAGUACUGAGCGGUUGGGAAGGCGGCGAUCUGGCUGUCAGUUUUAGGACAACAGCGCCCAAAGCGGUCAUCUUUUAUCAGUCGCCAUUGCACUCACAUCACGGCUACUUCAAAGCCAUCCUAUCAGAUGAAUAUGAGAUUACUUUUGAGUUUUUGGUUAACAACAAACCCCGUAGUGUUAAACUAGUAUCGAGUCGGCGACUAAAUACUGGCGAUUGGCAACAGAUUUGGAUCGAUUCCGAUGCCCAUCACAUGAGAUUUACAGUUAAUCUCAAUUCUGAACUCUUCGAUCUCGAAGACGACGACGAAUUUAACACAUUUGAGGGUCCGUUAUAUGUCGGCGGAGCGCCCAAACAUCUGUUGCUUAACUCGGAAGUUCGGACCGGUUUUAUCGGUUGUCUUCGCGGUCUAGUAUUAAACAACAAAGUUAUUAAUUUGAAUCGACAUUUGCAUAGAAAGACCACAAACAUGGAAAAGGGUUGUCGUCCCUUUUGUAGGCCUGAUCUGUGCAAAAACGGCGCCACUUGUGUUGAAUUGUGGGGUAGCUAUGAAUGUAAAUGUGCUAAUCCUGUCUCGCAAAGGGGUCAACACUGCGAGAACGAUAGCAAUGCUAACAGUAUGACAUUCAUAACUCCCAGUUCUUACUACCAGAAGUUGGCCGAAGGAAAGGAAGUGAAUCCCAUUUUGGAAAAAGAUAUAACAAUCAGUUUUAGGACACAUAUGGCUAAUGCACUGAUAUUUUAUGCCAACGAUUAUAUGAAUAAUUUUGUUCAGUUGCAUAUUGAAAACGGAACUCACGUUAUCUUUACAUUCAAUACCAUGGAUCGGGUGGUCCGCGGAGCGGUCAAAGUAGAUGAUAUAUUGACCGCCGGUAUUCCCAUACAGAUUAAAAUCGACAGAAGCGAUAGAAGUAAAACCGUUUUGAUGGCCAACGAUGCCUACGUUGUUAUCAAACAUUCAAUCAAAUUUCUGACCAAAUAUAGCCAAAAACCGUGGAAAUCGGGUGACGAGUAUGAACUGGUCAAACCGGCCCGACCGCCAGUGCCCAUUGAAGCCCACAGUCAACUAUUUCUUGGUGGUGUCGACGAAGUGGGCGCUACUUCACAGAUUCAAGGAAUUGUUGGUUGCCUUCAAGGGUUUAUGGUCGGCGGCAAACUGUUUGAUUUGAUAAGUGCAGCUAAAGAGCCGUCUACCGUUGCCAUUGGUCAGAUCCGACCCGGUUGUACAAUGAUGUGCGAUAGGAUUCCCUGUCUGAAUGGCGGCGCCUGUACUGAGGACUGGAAAAACAACAAAGUUAUAUGUAAUUGCAGUAUGACUUCGUAUGGCGGCGAGACAUGCAAUAAGGAUGUCGGCGCCCGAUUCAAUGGCCGCUCACUUGUUCGCUAUACAUACGAACAAAACGAUAGUAUCCUCAAACAGGUUAGCAUUCAUUUGGCAUUUUCGACCGAUAAGACCCCAGAGUCGACCGGUCGGACACUACUUGUUGUCAAACAUUUGUUAAGUUCAACACUUAUUCACAUCACACUUAUGGCCGAUCAUUCAUUACUUAUCGAAGAGAUUACCAAUUCAUCAAAAUUUAUCGGCAGAGUGUCCAUAAGUGAUGAGAUCAUAAUUGCUGAUGGGAGCAGACAUUGGCUGCUCUAUACACGCAAAGACAGCAUUGUUCAACUAGUGGUUGACAGCGAAAUAUAYGACACAUCAUACGAGACAAAGACGACAUCUGCGGUAAGUGGCGAAAGUCUUCAGGCAAAUGAUGAAAAUUUGGUAAUAGUGGGAGCAAUACAUCAAAAGUUGGCACAGAUCUACAACUUUACAAACUUUAUAGGAUGUGUGUCCAAUGUCUUAAUUGAGUUAAACGAGUUAAAACUGGAACCGUUAGAGUCGGCAUUCGGCGGACGAACUGAUCUAUCGUCUGUAAGAGUCGAGGGUGACAUCAAACAGGGAUUGUGUGCCGAAUUCAAGGAACAUAUUCCGGUUAUAUCGUCGCCGGUCAUCGAAUUGCCCGAAGUAAACAAUAUAGAGACGGAAAACGAGUUAUGGCUGUCACCACCCGAACCAAAGCUCAUCACAUUUCUGACCAAACCGUUUGUCUUAAAGUCUAGCGAACAGAUCAACAAAACUCCUAUUUAUAUUGUUUGCAGUACUUUCUUAGCCAUUGUUUUCAUCAUUUGUUUCAUCUAUAUGUGGCAUUUGCAGCGAAACUAUCGGAUCCGACAAUUUCAAGGCGAAACACCUUUCUUUCAUUCGCAUAGCAAACACAGCAGAAAUUCAUCGCGAAAUAGAGAUGUCAAAUUUCAUAUGAUAUCCAAUGGUAAUAAUAGUGAUAGCGAGGCUGCCGUCAAACUGCUUCAACAUCAAGAGUUAAUCAAUGGUAACUCCUCUCCACCACAGGAAUCGUUUCCAUUGAAAGAGCCAAAAGCUGUCGACUUUUACGCCCAAAAGACAUCGCCACGAAUCAGAUUUAUUGAUCAGAUGAGCGAUCAAUCUCAAGACAUUAAUUGUGAUAUCAAUCAGAAAGAGUUAGAACAACAAGAAUCGGAUCAAACAUUGACAUCGAGAGUAAGAUUUGCCGAUUGAUUCUUGUUUUGAUAGAGAAGUUGGUUUUUUUUUGUUUGUUUCAUUGAAUCUCAUUUCUUGUCCAACAAAUAAAAAAUUAAAAAAAUCCCAGCAAUUAUUGUCGCAAACUAUUAGACAAUCAAUAAUUAUGUGACACUUAUUUAAAAAACGACAACAAAUU